AUGGCUUUUCAUUCUGUACUUCUUGUUUUCUUAGCUGGCCUGGCAUUUUUCUCCGAAGCUACACCAUCGCUAAGCCAUGACUCUCCUGACUCCAAGCAUCCUCUUGUUAUAAAAGUUCUGGAUUCAGUCCGAGGAAGUCCAGCUCCAAAUGUUCCAGUUAAGCUAUAUAAAGAAGCUUCAGAUGGAUCUUGGGACCUGUUAAAUACAAUACAAACCAAUGACAAUGGAGAGUUCCGUGAGCUCAUAACUAAAGAAAAAUUUGCAACAGGAAUAUACAAGAUUGAGCUUGACACAGCCACUUAUUGGAAGAAAAUGGGCUUGAAUCCCUUCCAUCACCAUGCUGAUGUGGUGUUCACAGCUAAUGAUGCUGGUUAUCGACAUUACUUCAUUGCUGUUCUCCUCAGUCCCUAUUCUUACUCAACUACAGCAGUAGUUAGUGAGCCAGUGGAAUAG